AUGAAUAAUACAACGAUACUUCAAAAUCAUACUCAUUCAAAUCCAUUCAAUGAGGAUGCACAUGUUGCUUACAAAGACACCUUGGAGAGAGGGAUGCUCAUUGUCUCCAUGGUGAUCUACAGUCUUGCCUUUGUCUUAGGAGUCCUAGGAAAUGGACUGGUCAUUGUCAUCACUGGCUUCUGUAUGAAGAGGACGGUCAACACGGUCUGGUUCCUCAACUUGGCCAUUGCCGAUUUCAUCUUCACCUUCUUCCUGCCACUGAGUAUUGUCUAUACCGCCCGGGAUUUUGACUGGCCACUUGGAGAGGCCAUGUGCAAGAUCAACAGCAGCCUAGCCUUCUUCAAUCUCUAUGCCAGUGUUUACCUCCUCAUGGUCAUCAGUGUGGACCGUUGUCUUUCUGUGCGGUGCCCAGUGUGGGCUCGAAAUCACCGGACACCCCAGCUGGCUUACUUGGUGGCCUUGGUUGUUUGGGUCCUGGCUUUGGCGUUGUCUUCUCCAAAUUUCUAUUUCAGAGGGACUAGUCAAAGCAGAUUUCAUGAUAAGAUUGUGCUUGUGUGCACUGGGAAUUAUGGCCCCACAAAGGAACACCAACAAUUUACUCUGAAGGCCAUGACUAUCAGCCGGUUCAUCUUUGGCUUCGCCAUCCCCUUCAGUGUCAUUGUGUUUUGCUAUGGGGCCAUUGUCUUGAAGCUCAGGAGCACCCAUCUGGCCCCAUCCAGCAAGCCACUCAAGAUCAUCACAGCAGUGAUCGUGGCCUUUUUCGUCUGCUGGUUCCCCUAUCAUGUCUUUGCUUUCCUUGAGCUAAAUGAACAUGGUACUCCUUUGGUAGUUAUCGGCUCAAUCCUGACAACAAGCUUGGCUUAUUUGAACAGCUGUCUCAACCCCAUCCUGUACGUUUUCAUGGGGCAUGAUUUCAAGGAGAAGCUGAGACGCUCCCUCCGCACUGUGUUGGAACAUGCCUUCCUUGAAGAGAGCAACCUGAGCACAACAAAUACCAAGGUCAUUCCUUCAACGGAGCUGGAGCUCCUGUCGUGA